GACCGGCAUAUUAAGCUGUUAACUGGGAAUACCCGCCACGGUGGGAUCAAGUAGGUCUAGUCUAGAAGUGCAGGAAGCAAAAAUGUUCAAAUUGAUCAUUUUUGCUAUUCUUUUCGUAUCGACUGCGGUGAAAGCGGAUUACGAGAAUAGAUACAGCUGCCGGUUGGCGAAGAAGGAAUGUAAAUUGACAAAUUUUAACUACGAAACUCGCGAUGCCGUAGCAACUGCUAUCAUCGAUGGUGGGUCUGGACCGUUCUUGGACAUUGAAUUUGUGGACUCUUCGUUCCCGAUAAUUCCACCGUCACUUUUCCGUGACAAUGACAACGUGCGUUCUUUAAGUGUGAAAGAUUGUGAUGUUCGAGCAGUUGAACAAUCAACUUUCGACAAUGCCAGAGAGCUGAAAUUUCUAAAGAUGCAAAAGAAUGGGAUAACGAAACUGUACAAUGACAUGUUUAAGGAUACAAAGUUAACUAAAGUAAACUUCGAAAACAAUCGGAUCACUGAAGUAGAUGAGUUCACCUUUAGAGGUUGCAAGGAACUGGACACUCUCAAGUUGUCUAAAAACAGAAUUAAAGUAUUGCCGCUUAAGCUAUUCGCAGAUUUGAAUCGAAUGGAAGAGUUGGAUCUGGACUACAAUCGUGUAGAGGAUUUAGAGGAAUACUUAUUCAACGGUCUUACAAGUUUGAGAGAGUUGAAUUUGAAUGGAAAUUUCAUACAUACUUUAAAACCCAACUCAUUCGCCGGGUUGUUAAGCUUGAGGAAGCUAGAACUGAAAGAAAAUGAAAUUUCUUUAAUCCAUUCUCAGGCAUUUCAUCCGCUGACCAGUUUGAUAGAACUGGAUCUAGAAGAAAAUAAUAUCAAGCUCAUUGCUCAGGAGACCUUUUCCAAAUUAACAAAUCUUAAGGAGUUGGUGUUAACGGAAAACUAUAUUCAACGCUUAGAUGAACGAGUUUUUGAACAUAAUGGGAUGCUGCAAACACUUAUCCUGAACAAUAACUCCAUAGAGACUCUUGGACCGGAACUAUUCUCGGGGCUUCCUCGGUUGGAACAGCUUUCAAUUCAGUUCAACGAAUUGAACAUUCUCAGGGAUGAUUUGUUCGUAAACAACUUAAAUUUGGACACGCUUCAUUUUGAGGGUAACGUCAUCAGUGAAAUCUCUCCUCGGGCAUUUGCAAAUUUGAAACGUUUGGAACUGUUAGACUUAGAUGAUAACAAUAUUGCCUCUCUUGAGGAAGGUAUCUUCAGGGACUUGAGCUCAUUGGAAAAGCUGUUUGUGAGCAAUAAUCUCUUGCGGGAGCUCAAAAUUGGUUCUUUUCAUGGCAUGAGUAAUUUAAGAAAAUUAUAUCUUAAGGAUAACUUGAUCAAAACGGUGGAUGAGAUGAUAUUCAAAGAUGUGCCUCAAUUGAAAAGUCUCUCACUUGAGGACAACUUGAUCGCGGCAAUUCCACGCGAUCUUUUCAUGCCUUUGAAAAGAUUGAUGGAGUUGUCGUUAGCUGAUAACAAUCUGGAAGAUCUGGACGAAUUAGUGUUCAAAGCAGUAUCUGGUACUUUGGAAGAAUUGUAUCUCAGAAAUAACAAGUUUACUACGAUAUCGUCAUCAGUGCUCAAUUGUCAACAACUGGAGUAUUUAGAUUUAGCAGAUAAUUAUUUGAAGGACUUGCCAGCUAAUGCGUUCGAGCACCUGAAACGGUUGGAAUCUUUGGAUCUCAGCGAUAACAUGUUUGAACAGAUUCCGAAAACAUUGAUGGGACUAAACAGUUUGAAGGAACUUGAACUGGCUGCGAACAAAAUCUCAAGAGUAGACGCACAAGUUCUCACUUCUUUGUCCAACCUCAAAGAGUUGGAUCUGUCUGAGAACCACAUUACAGAGAUUCAAACAGAAACUUUUUCCAGCUUGCGAUCGCUCAAGGAGUUGUAUCUGGAUGAAAAUAAAAUCAAUAUCAUCGCGGAUGAUUCUUUCAUUCAAAAUAGACACUUGAAAAAACUGGAUCUUAGUCACAAUGAAAUCAGGCUACUGAACUCAAAUGUGUUCAAGGGACUAUUCAAUUUGGAGAGUCUGGACAUAAGUGAUAAUCCUGUGAACCAUAUGGAUGAAAACAUUUUCCGUGAUUUAUCGAAGCUAGAGAAACUUUCGUUGGAAAAUAUCAGCGUAUCAUCGCUACCAGAAAGCCCGUUCUAUAAUCUCGCUUCACUAGAAGCGCUUGAUUUAGAUUAUAAUCAACUAACACAGUUGAAUGGGAUAAUUUUCAAAGGGCUUGAUAAUGUGGAAGAUUUAUAUUUGAAUUUUAACCUUUUGAAAGAGAUUUCUGCUACUUCAUUUCAUCAACUGGGAAACUUGCAGCUCGUUAGUAUAGGACCAAGUGAGCUAAACAGUUUGGACAAAGAUUUAUUUAAAAAUGCUCUUCGACUAGAGGAAUUGUACCUACAUGGAAUACAAUUUUCGACACUUCCUAGUGAUUUCUUUCACUUCAAUCGUAAGCUGAAAGUGUUGUCAAUUAACAGUGAUAAAAAAUUGACUUCGAUCGACAAGGAAUGGUUCGAAGACUUGCCAAAUCUACGCCUUCUUAAUUUGGUUAACAAUAGCAUCAGUAAUUUCCAACCUUCCGUGUUUGAUUCUUUGGAAGAGCUGGAGAAUUUGUUUCUAUCGGAUAAUCCCGUUAAUUCUUUGGAUGCAAAUCUCUUCGCUAAAUUGCUACAACUAGAAGAAUUGGAGCUAGCAGGUAUGACACUUUCAUCUUUGCCAGUUGGAAUUUUCGAUAAUCUCACGUGUUUGGAACUACUUAAUUUGGGACGUAAUCAGCUUCGUACACUUGACAAUCAUAUAUUUACAAAGCUGUCCUCCCUGGAGGAACUUUCUCUGGCCGAUAAUGGAAUAAGCUCGUUGAAUCCCGAAUUGUUCCGAGGAUUGCGGAAUCUAAAUACGGUGGAUUUAGGCGAUAAUAAAUUAACGACAAUCGAUUCAAAUCUUUUGGAGGACUGCUUGAAUCUCGAAAUACUGCAUUUGGCAAACAACAAGUUUGUUGCCUUUGAUCUACCAAAAAUGAGUUUCGCUAAGACCCUGACGGAGCUGGAUAUAUCAACGAAUAUGUUAACAACCCUUGUAGUCACUGAAGAUCUGUACACGCUGUAUGCAGACGACAAUGAAAUCAACAAAAUCGAGGCGGAAAGAUCUGUGUCGUACAAUUUAAAUCUAAUGUCUGUUUCGAAUAACCGUUUGAGAGAUAUAGAUUCCAUCUUCAGCUUUAACAAUUUGGAGUCUCUUAAUGUUUCUCGCAAUGAUCUGUUACAGUUGGAUUUGGGUAGAUUAACGAACUCGCUGGAUGAACUAGAAGUACUGAAUGCAUCCAAUUGCAAGAUUGCCAAAUUCUUAGUUAAUGGAAUAACUACGCAGGAGUCGAUGAAGUACCUGGAUGUAUCAUACAACGACUUAUUGGAUCUUGAUGUGGAGGUAUUUGGAAACUUUCCAGAGAUAGAAUUAUUUGUAUUCGGGGGUAAUAAAUUUGACCGAAUUGAUGCUGAUAGACUGAUGGACAAUUACAAGGAUUUGGAGCUAGUCGGCAUGGAUGGAAAUGAAUGGGACUACUCUUCCCUAGUAAAGUCUGUUAAAGUUUUCGAUGAAUACGAAGUAGGGUAUUGGAGUCGCGGAGAUCGGCCGUCCUGCUCGGGGAAAAGAGUUAAUGGAUUAUGCUGCAAGUAGAGAUCGACAGAAUUUAUUCACGAUUCGGUACUUCGGUACACGCAGGUGAUUAAUUGUAUUCCCAUGAUUAAUCCUAAAGUUGAUCCAUCCACGAAUACCACACAAACUCGAUGAAAGAAAAGAUCAAGAUUGGUUACACUUUUCAUUAUUCCUCUAAAGAAUCGAAAUCCUUCUUUGAUUUAUGAACAAAAAAAUAAAACGUUUUUUUGUACCUCAUCAUUGA